GGUUUGUUUACCAGCCGGUUUCUCUCCGGCUCAACAGGUUUACAGCAGCCCUUGAUGUUCUCCGCGCCUGGAAUCCUAGGCUUGCCCCUUCCACCACCAUCUCCACAGAUUGUUUCUGACAAAAUGGUCAGGUGCGGUUUGGCUUGCUGGAGGUGCAGAUGGCUUCUGCCCCUUCUCUUGGGCAUCGCCAUCAUCCAAGGCAUCAUUGCCUUGGCCGGCAGGGGAUGGCUGGAGUCGGCCGAGGCGCCCUACGUGCGCCGGGCGUCGCUGUGGUGGGACUGCUUCAAAACCAGCCCGGCCGACCUCAACUGGGGCUGCAAUUCCCUCAUGGAUUACAGUUGGGGGAAAGCUGCUGCUGCUACAUAUCUUGUCGGUUUUAUCAUCCUCUGCAUCUGCUUCUGCCUUGCAGUCAUAGCAUUUUCCAUCGAAAUACUGCGGUUUAACUUCAUUCGAGCAAUUGGAGGCUUACUCUUUGUUGUUGUUGCUUUCCAGAUUAUAGGCCUGGUCAUCUAUCCAGUCAUGUUUACUGAAGACAUUCAAUUGACAGGAAGCAACAUGUUCAGUUGGGCAUAUGGCUUUGGCUGGGCAAGCACUAUUGUGGCGCUAGGCUGUGCUUUCUUUUUUUGCUGCCUACCCAACUGGGAAGAUGAAGUUUUGGGUAAUGUGAAGCUCUAUGGAUAUAAUGAUGUGGAUCGUAUUUGAUGUGAAGGUGAUAUAAAAUACUGGUUUGAGUAUAUAAAACAAGAUUCUUUCAGCUUUUUUUAUCAGGGGAAAUCACAUGAUUAUAAAUGACAAAAUGUUCUAAUCAUAAACCCAGAAACCUACCAAAAAUUCUUGUGAUACAUUAAAGAUUAACAAAUAUUAUUGUGGUGCAAGCUUUUGAACACUACAGGCCACUCCAUAGCCCAUUGCAGUUUAUGCCAUAAUAAAAUCUGUUAGUUUUUAACUGCAACAAGUUCUUGUUUUUGCUGCAAGAGAAAGACUGGGCUUGUCCUUCAAAAAUUAUUACAAACUCCUUAGUUUCUUCGACAUAUAUGAAUUUUCCACUCUGGCAAUAGUGUGUAUUAAAGGAAGACAGAAGGAGUUGUGCUAUGGAUUUUGAUAUCUCAAUAUGAGUUUCCCAUUUUGAUAAUAGUUUUUAUGUAGGGAACAGUGGGUUUGGUGUAGUUUGUUCCUUUAUACUAAUAUCUUAGUCUGUAAAUGGAUCUCAAAAAAAAGGAACCCUUUUUGUUCUGCAAGACCAAAGUAUGCUUGCGUUUUCUUCCAUGCUUGUAGUUUAGCCUUUCCUUCUGAAGUAGAGUACGUUAAAACUUAAACCAAUUACAGAACAACAUCUAUUAAAGAUGUAAAGUGAACAUAUGUGUAAGUGAUGUGGGCAGUGUCAGAAUUCUCAGGGCUACAUAUGGCUCUGGACAUUGAAAAGUAGAAUUCUCCCACCCCAUUUUUUGUUGAUUUAAAAGAUCACUUUCAUUGCACGUAACUUCUGGUUUUAAAACGUGCCCUAAGCCAAAAACAGCUCAGCCCACACAGUCUAAAUCUGGCCAAAUUACCAUGUUUCCUUUAAAGGAUGCAAGGGGUCUUUUCAAGUUAAAAAAAAUUGUGAUGACAGUGGGUGUACGGAUGCUUGGAAGCUCCAGUGGAUCCCCACUCCUGAUGAAUGUGUUCAGCAUGCUCUCUUUUAAGCACUGUUUGCUACAUUAGCCUAUAUUAGGACUAGAGCAGCGUUCAGGGGAUUAGAGCCAAUCAGCCAGUUACUGCUUACUGUAAAGUAGAUUCCAAGUACUGUACGUGGAUUACAGCAUUUUGUAUGUACAAAUAUAACUCACAUUGGCAUUUUAUAGAUGUUGAGCCUGCAACAGUUUGCCCUAUGUUGUCAGUAUCGUUCCAAAUAAUGUAAUAUAUUUAUAAUUUCAAAAAUGAGAAUGUUUAAAUCUGGAAGGUAAAGUAUAAUGAAGCUGUAUUUCUACCCUGGCCCAACUGAUGUAACGUUAUCUUCAUCUGAUAGACCUUAAUAGAAAUGCAUACUGGAAUAAACAUUUUUUUCUAAGAA